AUGGCUCAGAUCGUACUCGAUCUGGUCUAUUCGUUGGGAAACUGUCUGAACUGUUUCCCGGGUUCCCCCAGCCUGAAGAUCAACAGCCGCUCCUUCAAGAUCCUCCGGCUUCUAGGCGAGGGCGGCUUCAGCUAUGUCUACCUAGUCCAAGACACGUCAACGGCCGAGCUGUUCGCGCUCAAGAAGAUCCGCUGCCCCUUCGGCGCCGAGUCGGUCCAGCAGGCGAUGCGCGAGGUCGAGGCCUACAAGACGUUCGCCCACACCCCCGGCAUCAUACACAGCGUUGACUACUCGAUCGCCAGCGAGCGAGGCGACGAGGAUGCCAAGACGGUCUACGUGCUGCUGCCCUACUAUCGCCGCGGCAACCUGCAAGACAUCAUCAAUGCGAACCUCGUCAACCACACCAACUUCCCCGAGCCCGAGCUCAUGCAGCUGUUCUUGGGCGUCUGCAAGGCCUUGCGGGCAAUGCACCAAUAUCAGGGCCCGGCUAGGGGUGAGAGGAUGGAAGCAGGAAACGCAAAGGCCGGCGAGGAGGAUGUCCCUGGCCCCGGCGGCAAGAACAAGACCCGGAGAAACAGAGCUGUCGCGGCAGCCGACGACGACGACGAAACAGAACAAGCAAGACCACUCAUGGUGGACGAGCAAGUUGUUGCGCCCGGGGAGAGGAGGUCAUAUACACAUAGAGAUAUCAAGCCAGGUAACAUCAUGAUCGACGACUCCGGUUCGCAGCCCAUCUUGAUGGACCUCGGCUCCGUGGCCGAGUCACCGGUCCCCAUCACAACCAGAUCAAUUGCGAUCGCCGUACAAGACACGGCAGCGGAGCACAGCACCAUGCCAUACCGCGCGCCGGAGUUGUUUGACGUCAAGACGGGCACUGUCAUCGACACCAAAGUAGACAUAUGGUCCAUGGGCUGCACGCUCUACGCUUGCCUGGUCGGCAAGUCGCCCUUUGAAAUGCGCAGCGACGAGACCGGAGGCUCUCUGAGCAUGUGCGUGCUCGGCGGCGACUGGCGAUUUCCAGACGAAGGCCCAGGCGGGCAAGUCAAGCGCAAGAACACCAUUGGCGCGAGCACAGAGGGGCAGGUCUCGAACGGCACCAUCAGCGAGCCCGUCAAGGACCUGGUGCGGAAAUGCCUGAUGGUCGAGCCUAAUGAACGGCCAGAUAUUGACGAGCUCAUUGAGAUGGUGGAGGAGGUCAUUGAGAACCUCGGGGGAUCUCAAGCUUGA